GGUUGCGGGCAGCAGCGGGCAGGCGGCAGAGACCCACGGACCGAGGGAUCGAGCCCCGGAGGCGGGGCGCACGCACGGCCCCACGCCCAGGCCCGCGGGCACCGCGCCCGCCUCCGCGCGCGCUCGCACGGGCGCGCAGGAAUGAGGGGAGAAUCUUACUUCAUUGGAAUGAGGAGCCCAGGGCAGCAGGGGCACAUCCCAGAAGAUGGAGGACUUUUCUUGCUCUGCUGCAUAGACAGAGACUGGGCUAUAACUCAGUGCCUCACGGAGGAAGCUUUUCAAGCAAUCACUGACUUCAACGACCUCCCCAACUCAUUGUUUGCAUGCAACGUUCACCAGUCAGUGUUUGAAGGAGAAGAGAGCAAGGAAAAAUUUGAGGGUCUAUUCCGGACUUAUGAUGACUGUGUGACGUUCCAGCUAUUUAAGAGUUUCAGACGUGUCCGAAUAAACUUCAGCAAUCCCAAAUCUGCAGCCCGAGCCAGGAUAGAGCUUCAUGAGACUCAGUUCAGAGGGAAAAAAUUAAAACUCUACUUCGCACAGGUUCAGACUCCAGAGACAGAUGGAGACAAACUGCAUUUGGCUCCACCACAGCCCGCCAAACAGUUUCUCAUCUCGCCCCCUGCCUCUCCUCCUGUUGGCUGGCAGCCCGUCAGUGACGCCACGCCAGUCCUUAACUAUGACCUCCUCUAUGCCGUGGCCAAACUAGGACCAGGAGAGAAGUAUGAGCUCCAUGCAGGGACUGAGUCGACUCCAAGUGUCGUUGUGCACGUGUGUGACAGUGACAUAGAGGAAGAGGAGGAUCCAAAGACUUCCCCAAAGCCAAAAAUCAUCCAGACUCGGCGUCCCGGCCUGCCACCCUCCGUGUCCAACUGAGUUCAACGCGCUGCCUCCACGACAAUAUCCGUCUCCUCUUUAUCAUGCUUUUUUUCUUUCCCCUUUUGUUUGUCCAAAAAAAAUAAUAAUUGCCUUUAAAUCCCUGGGUGUUUGGUUGUUUGAGAUUCCUUCCUUGUAAUCAAGCCUCUCGGACAAAGGGCUAGGAAAAGGUGAUAUGUUUCCAGGUCAUGUCAUAUCCAUCGAGUAUAAGCCAUUAUUUAGAAAGUCCUAGAAAAAAAGUAGUAUUUUCUUAUUAAACCAUCAGCACAGCCUGUAUCUUCAUUCUCUCAUGUUGAUUCAAGUCAGCGACAUCAGUAACAAAGAGCACCUAUGUCGUUUGUGAUCUGUUUCAGUCCCAGUCCCGACGUGUGUGCGUUGUUUUCUCCUGGCCACUUCAGUAGGACCAUAAGUAAACUUGACCUUGACUGCAUGAGAUACCCCUAUCUGGUCUCACUCAGUCCUCUGCAGCACGACAUUCCCAGGACAUGCAUGGUCACCAGCAUUUAUUUUCAUGAUUUGAGGUGUACUCUAACUCGUGGAUUGUCAGCAUCAGCCAUGUCCUAUCUAGAUUAGGAAAAUUAUCAGCAUUAUCCAACUCAACAAGUUUGGGUAUAUUCACUAUUUUGAGUCAGUAUUUCAUAGCUCUGUUACAGUUCCUGGAGGCAAAACUGUGCUUGGCCCCAAAGAGAUUCCUCAGUAGAUUUUGAACACCACGUCCAUAUAGAACUUUCCCAGCCUCACCGGGGAGGCUUGUCCAGGGUGAGAGAGGCCGAUUUCAGACAAACCUAUUUAUUACAAAAGUUUCAUGGUGUCUGAACGAUUGUUUUUUCUCUUUGUAUAUUUGUACAAAUGUUUCAGCUGUGCUUUUAAAAUCUGGAUGUUUUUUAUUUAGUGAUUAUUCAGCCAUUAGCUGCUUAAGAACAUAAUAUGUGCAUUGCUUAUGAAUGCGUUCAUAUGCUAACACAGAUAAUCUGAUAAUAUUACACUCUAUUAUGGAUAAGGCUGAAUUUGAGAGGGCACAAGAUUUCUCAUGCCCAUAUAUAAAUGAUUAACCAACAUCUUUGCUAUCAAGACCACUCAUUUUUAAAUAACAUGGAGAUGCAAGUGUCAGUUGCAGACAGUUUGAAUGAUGCUAAAUCUCCAGAAUGUGGCAGCCACUGAGCAUAUUAAAAGGGAAAUUAUAAUGUAUGCCGAUCCUAUUCACGCAAUGCCCAUAUUGCUCAAGAACUUGUUUUUGUCAUGUGUGAUUUUUCUAUUUCUGUAGCCCAAAGUGCAUUACAGAAGAUACACCUAUAGAACCAUUACCUUCUGCUCUAUAUGCCAGGCCCCAUCUACUCCUAUACAUUCAUGAAUUACUUUAGAUGCAAAUGCCAUUUGCAACGGAGUGGGGAAAUGCUUUCAUUACCCAAGCCUCAGAAAUACACAAGAACAAUAACACAGCCAACUUAUGGAAGGAUUGUUGUGGUUUUUGACUAAGGUGUAUGUUAAGUUUCGUCAGCAACUUGAAACAUAGACUGAUCACUCAGAAAUUAAAGUCCGUUCUACUGUGAAUAUAGCAAUAUAGUACUGGACACAGUACAGGGAAACUGAGGACAGCAUUGCUCGUAAAAUCCUGAGUUUCCAUAAGAAAAUCGAAAGCUCCUUUAAAAAAUAACAUCUGAGGAGUGUAUAAUAAGCAAAUGCUUUGACUUUUCUUUGCUGUGGAGGUUUUUGGUUUCUCCUUGACAAAUGAAGGAUACUUACUAGUGGAGGGACGCUGCCCUCUAGUGGAAAUGGAAGCAGGAUUGCCCUCAGCUGCUGAGAAGGACGGAGGGCCUGCGGCAGGCAGACGUUUUGUGCUGAAUCUUCUCAGUCAUCUGCAGGUCAUAUCACUUUUAAGCUAUUCAGAAUUUUCAGAACGCAGGUUCUACAGAAAUCUGGAUAAGAGAAAAUACUCGAAAGUGAUUUUUAAAUGUUUUAAAACAGAUGCACCAGACAUUUCCAACCAAAAUUCAGUAAAAGUUGAAAUGACCAUUCUGUGUAAUCAUCAAAUAAAACCUCAGUGGAGUGUACGACCUAA